UGAUUCUUUCUGGAUUUUGAGGAUGGGAUGUGAGCUCCCUGCGUAGACCGGUUUUUUCUUUACUUCACAUUCUUCGCAAUGAUGUCUGUUCGCCCCCGGUGGGCGCUACAGCUGCGAGGGAAUCUGCGACUCAGUGCAGGCUUUUCCCACGUAAAACACUCUUUUCACGCGCCUCUGCCGCGCCGGUCCACCCAGACAAGGUGUAGCAGUACCGCGUCUCCGGAGAGAGCUUUCCAAGACCGGCUGCGGGAAGUCCAGAACGCCUACGCAGAGUCGUACCCCCGUCUGGCUUCCGACUCCCGGUCUGUGAGCUGCGCGGAGUUCCGCGAGCGGUACAACCAGCUAGCCAACAAUGAAACAGUAGAAGACCAGUCGGUCAUAGUGCAUGGAAGGAUACGUACCUAUAGACUUGCUGGAAGCAAAUUGAUAUUCUUCGACUUGGUUCAAGAUGGCCACAAGGUCCAGAUUAUGUGCAAUCUGCGUCGACUCGAGGGGCUGUCCCGGGAGGAGUUUAAGAAACUGUACCGGCUUCUUCGCCGGGGUGAUGCCUUUUCUGUAACAGGUAGACCGCACCGGACCGGACGAGGCGAGCUCACGGUCGUGGCCACAGAGCUGCCCCAGCUCCUGGCCCCCUGCCUGCACGACGUCCCCCUCGAUGCCACUGAACAUGAACACUCGCCUUACCCUCGCCAUGUCCAGUUCCUGGCGGACAAGACCGCGGCGGAUACGAUCAAGGCCCGCUCGGCUAUCAUCCAAUAUCUCCGUCGGUUCUUCCUCGACCGAUCCUUCAUGGAAGUCGAUACUCCCAUCAUCGGAGCAGUGGCUGGCGGCGCCAUCGCCCGUCCUUUCUAUACAGCCGCGACGGAGUUUCCCGAUCGGGAGCUGUCGCUGCGCAUCGCGCCAGAGCUGUGGUUGAAGCGUCUGGUGAUUGGCGGAUUUGAUCGGGUGUUUGAGAUUGGUCCUUCAUUCCGUAAUGAAGGAAUUGAUAAAACACACAACCCAGAAUUCACGACCUGUGAAUUCUACCACGCCUACGCCAACCUAGAGGACCUGAUGACCAUCACAGAGAACCUCCUCUCAGGCCUAGCCUCUCACAUCCACGCCCUCAACCAAGAUAACACGCUCACACCAACAACCGUCGACUUCACCGCCCCAUUCCGCCGAAUCGACUUCAUCACCGGCAUCGAGGAAAAGAUCGGCCGCAAACUCCCCGACCUCGAAUCCGCCGACGCCCUCGACCAAGUCAAGCACAUCUUCUACGACCUCUCCCUAACCAUCCCCGAGAACCCAACUCUUCCCCGACUCCUAGACGAGCUAUGCGGCACAUACGUCGAACCAGACUGCAUCAACCCGACCUUCAUCAUCAACCCGCCCGAGUGUCUCUCUCCACUCUCCAAGUCCUUCGUACACCCGACUACAAACCAGCGAGUCGCCGCACGCGGCGAGCUCUUCAUUGAGGGUAGAGAGAUGGUGAAUACGUACGAGGAGGAGAAUUCGCCUUUUGAACAGCGGCGCAAGUUCGAGGACCAGCUGCGGUUUAGUCGCGAUGCGAAGGAGCCCGGUGAGAUGGAUGAGAGCUACCUCGCGGCCUUGGAGUGGGGUCUCCCGUCUACCGGGGGGUGGGGUUGUGGCAUUGAUCGACUUUGUAUGCUUUUCACGGGAGCCAAGCGCAUUGGGGAUGUUUUGCCGUUUGGGAGUUUGAGGGCUGUGACACGGAAGUCUUGAAUGAUGUAGAUGAGAAUGGGUUAUAUAGGCCCAUGUCACAUUUUGUAUAGAUAGUCCCGGACAUUGUACUUUUAGAUUAAAUUCC